AUGCCCGCCAGGCAUCUCGACGACCGCUCGUCCGCCAGGCACUCCAGCGUCAGGGACCGUGCCUCUCGUGCGAUCUCCCGGAUCCGACGUCCGGAACGACCUCUCCCUGUGCCUCCUGCCCCCUCACCGACGCCAGGACCGCCUUCAGAGCCGUCACUCUCGCUGUCGUCCUCAAAACUAUCCGCCCCGCUGCACCGGCCAUCCAUCUCGUCCGUACUCAGGGCAGGGCCUUCGCGAUCGUCCCUGGCAUGGUCAUCUGCCGCCUCGCGCCGUGUGCUCGGGCGCAUGCUCAGACAGCCGCGCGUGCUUGCAAAUUUGCUGUGCCAGCUUCCCUGGGGAGACUUCCAUGCCCUUGCGAGCACCUGCCGCGAGUUCCGCCAUGACCUCAUGCACCAUCCCGAGUGCAAGGAGAUCCUUCUCUGCCAUUACGUGCCCGGUUACCAGUACGCCAUACAGAUGGGCGACCUGAGGCGUUACCGUGAAGUCAUGGUCGACUUCCACGACCUGACGCUGCUCGUCCUCUCGCAAUUUGUGCCCCUGCACAAGUACCCCAUGCACUCGUUAUCCAUCAUCAAUCAGCUCGCACAGGAUGCGAACCCUGCACAGCUCUACGAGUCCGCAGCAAAGUACGCCGCGCUCACACAGGCACACUCGCGCUUCGUUCUCCUCCUCCAGGCGCUGGCGCCGAGGCGGCGGUUCACGACGGCGACGACGGCGUCGAGCGAGAGCUCGCUGCUCAGCCCGCCGUCGUCUCGAAGCAAUACUGAGCAGUCCUCUGACAGCGGCAGCCUGCCCUCGAGCCACCGCGGCUCCGCUAGGGACAUCCCGCCCCCUCCCCUCGCCGUCCCCCAGGGCGCGUCCCCACAUGAUCUCUAUCUCGCGACGUCUCGCGUGCGUGCGCCUGUGCUGCGCACGUUUGUGCCUUGCACAUUCCUCGACGACCGGGCCAUCGCGACGUGCGAGGAGCAGCUCGACAGUGCCGGUUUAUGGGAGCACCUCUCCGUCGGCGACGUUGUGGUCAACUUUGGCUAUGUCCCGCCGGUGGAGGGCCCUUCGAGCACGGGCUCAGGGUCUGCAUCUGAGCGGAACGAGGGCAACCAGGAGUGGAUGCUCUUUGACGGUUACAAGCUCAUCAAAUACGUCCCGCCAGACCCGCCCCCACUCGAAGACCCGCUUUCGCUACCGUCUCCCUUUUACUACUCGCACAUCCUCCCGCCCUUCACGAGCCCGCGUUACGUGUACGCGCUGCCGGCAAUGCCAAGUGUGUGCGGCGCGGACCUGCAGCUCACGCUUACGGAGGUUCCCACGCGCGUGCGCAGCCCGCGCUCGCUGUCGGGUUGGGCGGUUGUGAAGAAGUAUGUGUGGAUUGCGCGACUGCCGUAUGUUGGUCCUGGUACCGUCCUGGGGCGUGCGUGGCAGGGCGAGUGGAUGCUUGAGGGAGAGGGGACGAAGGAAGGGAAGCAGAGCUUGCUCGACGCCGUGAGUGGUGGCCCAGGCGGAGCAGGUGCGGCGAGGAGGGGAAAGUGGGAAGUUGUGAGAGAAAAAUCGGGGAGCGGGAGAGUGUGGAUGAAAUUGCUCGUCCCGAAUGUCGAUCACACAUACAAAAAAAUUGCAGGCUCUGCAACACCUAACGUGCCGCCAGCCCCGGGGACUAACGCUAAACGAAAACACUGA